AACAUGACAUGCGAGGACUGGAUAACAUGAUUGGCCGGGAUGUUUACUCUGGACUCUUGGGAAACAUGUUGGCAUUUUCACAGAAAAUUACUCAUCAAAAAAACACACAAGAUGAAAACUAAACUUGUCCCGGUGAACGAUGCAGAUUACAACUGUCAGCAUGAAGAAGCUCCUGGUCGUUACCCUGCUUGUUGCACUCCUCGCUCUCAGUGCUGAAAGCUUCCGUGUGACGAGGCAGACCGACGAGGAGCAGGGGACUCUGGCCAGGUUAACAGAAAAAGUCAAGUCCAUCUACCAGGGAACCGUCAACACUGCCAGCGAAUACCUGGAAAACAUCAGGGGCCUGAAGCUGGAGGAGAAGGCAAAAAAUCUUUACACUGAUGCUACCAAAAUUGCGGGCACCUACUCUGGCAUAAUAGAGGACCAGAUUUACUACUUCUUCUACUCCCAGCAGUAAACACAAACGGAUGUCCGGUGACCGACAACGUAAAAGCGCCCUUUGACAUUGUGAACUUUGCCGUAUCUAACAUCAACCAAAAAUCAAAACCUCAAACAGCAUCUUCAGAAAUAAUGUACCCAGGGCUCUGUGUGGUUUUAUUUUCUUGGUCACAGCACUGUACUGGUGGCAAAUGAUGAUAACCACACAAUUGGGACCAUAAAAAAAUUAGCCGGGGAAAUGGAGCGCACAGCAUCUUCUCACCAACCAACAGAUUUCUCCAUGGGUGUCAGAAUUCGAAAAGAAGGAGCCAUUCAAAACAAAGAGUGCAAAUAAUGUAAUGUUCUAUCGCCACCUACUGGUGACUUUCUCCCUCAUAGUUGACUCUUCAUGGUCAUUCCAACUCUGAACAAAUUUAACUGUUUGUAUCUUAUCGUGAAUUAAAGUAUUUAUACAAAAAUGAUA